AUGGAUGGAUUCUGUGCGAGCUGUAGAUCGAGAAGUUUGGGCAGAGCUAUGUUUAGAAGCGACACCGCUGACGAGCUUCGGCGAAGAAAAAACUUCGGAGAUGGAGAUGCUCACGUCAACGAUACGGAAGACACUCUACCUGGAAUCAAUGUGGCUUUUCAUGAAUUCGUCGAGAUAACUGUCGAAGUCAUUCGACAAGAACUCAUGCUCGAAAUGCAAGUCCAGCAAAAGACAACCUGGAGGAGUUAG